AUGACGAAAACAACGAUCACCAUAGUAAAAACACUCUUAACAGCCAUGUUGAGAUUACGAGAAUGGCUAUUUAUCAUCCACCGUAAUUUUUUCAAGCUUCUGACUUUCACAUAUGCUGGUGCAUAUAGACACCACACAAGGCUACCUAUUGAGGCAAUUGCGGAGAACCAAGAUUAUGGCCAAAAUAAAAAUGAGACAAUCGUGUCGUUGGUCCAAUUCCGUCGAUUAAAGACAGAAGAACUUAGAUUUGUCCAAGGAGGAGCAACGUUGUCUGGUGCAGCAGCAAUCGGCGUCUUCUCAUGGCCCACCACAGAAAAGGCGCUAUGGGCUACCAAGAUGUUAUGGAACUGGGGCUUGUUCUUCUCCCUUUUUGCGCUUAUUAGUUCCGCUCAUCAACGGCUUCUACGACAUUUGCCAGAGAAGUUUGAUCAAGAGUUUGACGAUCAACAAUUUGAAGUGGCGCUUAGUCUUUUCUUGAAGCCAGUGGUAGGACAACAAAGAAGUGCGAGGGAGUGCCCUAUUAUGCUUAUGAGUUAUUCGUGGGUAUUCUUUGUAAAUGGAUAUGCGUUACACUUGCUUAGUCCUGUUUUCGACACAUCUGGCGCUGAGACGUCGGAAGAGGUUUCUAUCCUGACAUUGUGUGGCUGUGGUUUGGUUGUUCUCAACUUCACAUUCUGUGGAAAACUUUGCCGCCAUCGACUUGCGGUAGCAAGGCUCAAGCCCACAACCACAGCCAGCGCCGACGCACAGGUUUAA